AUGGCCGAGAAUACACCGGACAAAAAUCAACAAAGAGGUGUUAUUAUCAAUCUUGCCAGUAUGGUGGCUUAUGAAGCGAUUCCUGAAUUGACUGUUUACGGUGGCACAAAGGCUGCGGUUACGGGCAUGACGAUGACUUUAGCCAGGGAAUUUGCCCAGAAAGGAAUAAGAGUCAUUGGAAUCUGUCCUGGCUUCAUUGAAAGUCCCAUGACCCAAGUAAGAAAACGGUGGAUCAGUAUGAUGCUAACCCCGAAACGCUUUGGAACCUGCGAAGAAGUGGCUCACCUGAUUCAAGCGUGCAUUGAAAAUCCCUUAAUAAACGGUGAAAACAUACGUAUAGAUAUGGGCUACCGGUACUGUCAAGUGGACGACGGGCAGCCAGAUGAACAGAAGUGCUGA